AUAGACUUGUAUUCCAAACUUUUAUCGUAAUAAAUAAUUAAUUGAUGCAAUUGUCCAAAUUCAUAAUGAUUGGCCACAACAAAUCACCCCCUAAAUUAGUAGUUUUUUUAACCAAAAAUAAAUUAGUAGUUACAAAGUAAAUUUUCUAUCCUCACAAAUCAAGUUCAAUCCCGGAUCUCAUAAAUAAAAGACGAGACGAUCCGAUAUGGCAUCACACUAUUGGAGGAAAUUUAUGGACUAUAGCAUGAAGCCCAUAUCUCUUAUUUAAUGAACUAAAAGCCCAUAAAAAAAUAGCCCAUAACUUGACCACCGUCGUCAACCCAAUUGCACCUCUAGUCGUCUUCUUCAGUCCAGUCGCAGAAAUAGUACGGCUCCGGUGACGGUGUCUUUAUCUUUUCCGAUACUGAAUCCUAUUUGAGAUUAGUUUAUUCCCAGUUUACCCUUUCAAAUUCCCUCUUUUUCUGCCCCUCGGUCCUCCCCCGCGACCUUUUCACAUAAACAUGACCGACCGGGAUGCCGAUUUCCCACCCACCAAAUUCCCCAAUUCCGCCGCUCCCUCCCAAUCGUCUUCUUUUCUUUUCUUCUUUCUUUCCCGUCGUUCAUUCCCUGUAAAGCAGUGAGGAAAAGAGGGGAGAAAAAACCCAUCAAAAAGUUCCCACCUUUUUCUCCAGCAGCAUUUUGAAACCCCCGCAAAACGACGAACCAAUCCCUCCCCUGCUUGCUCAGAAAAGCGCGUGAAAAUGGUGAUCCACUAGUUGAGUACAAACCAUCCAUCAUCGUCACCACCUCCCCACCCUAUUGCUGUUUGCUUGAGCUUAGCGCUGCUAUUAUUAGGAGACUACUGCUAUCAUUCGGUUUCUUCUGACACUCUCUGCUAGAAGAAACCAACCGUAUUUCGAGAAAUAAGCUCUGGCAGUGGCUGUAUUCUUGUCUCUUUCUUCUUCUCCCUUCUUCCAUUCAGUAACCGAAUCACCCGCAAAGUUGACUACUAGUACUACCCCUGUUGUGGGGUUUUGCCAGUCCGCCCUUUUGAUUUGGGAAACGAUUGGGUGACGAUUUGCUGCAGGGGGGUUGUUCUUUCCCCCACUCUUUCUUUUUGCUUGUUUUGUUUCGGUAGCGUGACCUUUCGCGGCUGUUUUGGCUUCUGGGGAUGAGCAAAUUAUUCUCUGUUUCUUGACUCGAAAUGGAUCUCUGCCGACGAUGGUGAUGAUGGUGUCUGAUUUGAAAUUUGAAGUGGCUGCUACAAGUUAAGGCUCUUUUUUGGUACUGCCGAGAUUGAUUGCAGAAGAAUCAGUUCAAGUACUCUGUUUUCUUCUUACUGGGUUCUCUGUUUGCUUGCCCGGAAAUAUAAAGUUUGGGAGCAAGGAGAUUUUGAUUCAUUCGGUACCCUGUUUGUCAUUCCCUUUGUUCCAUCUCCUCUGCAAUAAAGAAGAGUUCUUCCGAGCUUUUCCCUGUUCUGGUAAGGACCCAUAUGAAGAUUUUCUGUUACCUACACUCUGUUUCCACUUACUGCUUUUUUCUUUUCCCCUUCUCUCCAAAAUCCAAAUUGAUCCCUCUUGUUUCGUUGCUCUGAAAUUUCCUCAACCUAGCUUGGGUUUCUGCAGUCAUUUUCAGCAUCACUUGAUCUUUAAUUUCUUUUGUUUGCUCAAUAUCCACUUCCACAGGUCCAAUGUCGCUACUAAUUCGAGCUCAUGCCCUCCAUUCAACCCCGAAAAUGGGGAAAACCAGCCCGCCGAACCGAGACUGGACGCAGAUCUAUGCAAUCUACGGAAUGGAUCAAUGGCACACUCUGCUCUUUCUCUUGUUCCACGCCUUCCUCUUCUCCUUGUUAUCCCUCCUCUUCCUCCUCUACUUUGACCCCUUCUGCAGCUUCCUGGAACAAACUUUCCCUCUCUUCUUCGCCACCGGCGGCGGCGCCGCCCGCUUCGCCGCAGGAUUCACCGGCUGUGUGGCCGCCCUCUCCUCCGUCUGCCUCUUCAUCGCCGCCGGCAACUUCUUCUACAGCUCGGUCGCAUUACAGCACGAGAUGGCGCAGAGGAUCGUCGGCCACGUCAGCGACUGGUCGUCGGUCAAGCUGGCCCUCGACGUCGGUUGCGGCCGCGGGAUUCUGCUCAACUCCGUGGCGACCCAGCUGAAGAAAACCGGCAGCUCUGGCCGGGUCGUUGGGUUGGACCGGUCUAAACGGACCACCCUCUCCACCCUCCGUACCGCUAACAUGGAAGGUGUGGGGGAAUACGUGACGUGUCGGGAAGGAGACGUGAGGAGCCUGCCAUUUGGGGACAACUGCUUCGACGUGGUGGUCUCGGCGGUGUUCCUCCACACGGUGGGGAAGGAGUACGGUCACCGAACGGUAGAGGCAGCGGCGGAGCGGAUGCGGGUCCUGGGUGAGAUGGGUCGGGUAUUGAAACCGGGUGGAACUGGGGUGGUGUGGGACCUACAUCACGUGCCCGAGUACGUGAGGCGGCUGCAGGAGCUGAGGAUGGAGGAUAUUCGGGUCUCGGAGCGGGUCACGGCGUUCAUGGUCAGUAGCCACAUCGUGUCAUUCAGGAAGCCGAGUCAGCAACACGUGGCGGGCUUGGGUGAGGUCCGACUCGACUGGAGAUUUUUCAAUUAAUUAAUGUUUAAGUUAUUAUUAUUAUAAUCAAGAUUUGUGUUUAAAUUUUACUACUUAGCAGCUGUUAUUAGUCAACGGUAGUAGACUGAGUGAAUAUUUAUACGUUAAAAAGGGUAAGAGGAACUAGAUCUGGGGAGACGAAGCCGAUCCAGAUGCUUGUGUUUAAGAAGAUUAGAUACCACUAUACGUUAUCUAAUGUAUUGAUGAUUAUCAAUGAAAGAGAGCAUUGAUGAUUAAUUAAAUGUGUUAAUCUUGAUUAAUAUGUGUUAAUGUAUGCAUUUUUCUGGUGGUGGGUGUUAUUCAAUAUUGUAGCCUACGUUGAGGAAUCUGUGCUUAGCUUUGAAGAUGGUAGGUGUAGGUCUUGAUGGCAUACCUUGUUAGAUUUGAUUGAUUAGGAAUUUGAUGUAAUAUAAGACUGUUUAAAUAUGGUGGACUAUAAGAUUAAGGGAUCAUUAUUGGAAUAAGAUUGUAGUUCAACCAAUUAAGGUGUUGAAUUUAGCGCCGUGUAAAUUUCCAGAUCUGGAAUAAUCUUUCACACAAAUAAGAUUUAUCAUCAAACCAUUAUGUUCCAAAUGGAAUAGCAAUUAUUCCCUCGUGGUAAAGCCAUCGGCUGCGGUUUUAAUGAUCAAUUAGGACAUCCUAGCACGAUUCACGAUUUGUCAAUAAAGUUUAUAGUAAAGUUGGGUUACAUAUUAGGGGUAUCAAUUCAGUUAACCGAAUAAAUAUUCUAUUAGUAACUAAAUCCAAAAAAUGGUUUUUAUUUAAAUUAAAAUAAACCAAAACGAACAUAUGAUUGCAUGAUGGUCUAUCGGUUUUUGCUUUAACUGAAACCAUUAAAGACUUACCAGUUUUACCAGUUAAGAGGAACCGAUAAGUCUAAAAACCGGAUCGAUUUUGAUUAAUUUCGAAACCAAACACCAUCUCUAGUAAAAAUGGGUAGAUGAGAAAGAUUAGUGUGUCAAAAGAGGCAAGAGGGUGGGGAAGAAAAGACAUGUGAGGGUGCCUGGCUAAAAGGAUAUAAACAGAAUGGGGUAGAGAGAGUGAAAGAGUGAGAGAGUGUCUUUGAGAUGAUGAGUUGUUUCCUGUUUGCUGUUGUGGGUAGCUGAGCAGUGAAUUUAGGUUGGUUUCUUGGGGUCAUAUUAAAGUAGGUCUUUUGCCUUUCACCCAAACAAACAAUCAAAUGUGCAUCUUAUCUAGUCAGCAAUAUAUUUGUGAAUUGAUGUUACUUACAAUAUUAGUACCAUAUUUCCACUACAAGCUACCGGGCGAGAUGUAAUUAGGAGAAAAAAAAUCAUUUUGGUAAGGAAUGUAUAUAAUUUUUAAUCGAGUUUCCAAAUAAUUCAUACAAAUCGAGUAAAUGAGAUUGCAUCCUCUCGAACUAGGUUGGUUUCUUGGGGGUCAUAUUAAAGUAGGUCUCUUCCCUUUCACCCAAACGAACAAACAAACAAAUUGGCACAGAUUAUUUUGGUCAGCAUUAUAUUUGUAAAUCGAUGCUACUUAUCAUAACAAUACGAUACUUAAAUCUGCAGAGCGAAGAUAUAUUUGAAAAGAAUCAUUUUGUUCGGUGCAUUCGUCUUGAAGACAUGCCAAAAUUGAUAAAGCACAUGCACGAUUUUGAAAGUGAGUUUCCAAAUACUUCCAAUCGAUCAAGUUAUUGAGAUUGCAUCCUCUAAAGUCCAACUCACCUACUAGGGGUGGAGUUUGGUCAUUUCGGUUAUAACCAAAAAUCAAAAGCUCGGUUAUCAGUUAAACCGAACCACCUCCCAAAUCUACUGACCGAACAGAGGCCUUAAGACUUCGGUUAUCUCAAUUUCGGUUAACCACACUUCCCCCAAAACCAAAAGCAUCUCGCUCAUCCCUUCGAAUACCGACCGAUUUUCGGUUAGUAGAUAACCGGCUGGUUUCAGUUGUAACCAGUCGGUUAACCGCUAACCGAUUUUCCAGCCCUACCACAUACUACUUCGUGGCCUUCUCCCAUUUUCUCGGCUGAAAGCUAGCUGCAGAAGGAUAUGACAAGGUUCUGGUAUAUAGCUAUAGCUCUCUGCACCUAACAGAGUUUUGGACCAUUAGAAUUUAGAAAGUGAGUCCAAAGUCAGAGUUUUAGUCUUCCUCUGCGCCUAAUUAGCUAUCUGAUUAUUCAAUACUUGCGGCGGAUUGGAGUGAGCGAUCUAGCUGUAGAGAAAGGUGGCAGCUUUGUUUAUUGAAUAUAGCUUGCGUGUGUGGCAACUGCAGAACCGACAGACUGCAAUUCAAUAGUGAUCCAAAUUCCAAACUACAGAGAAAGAGAAAGAGAGAGAGAGAGAGAGAGAGAGGGAGAGAUCUUUUGCAUCAAUGGCAAAGAACAAUGGAUUCAGUGAUUGAUUGGAUCCAAGUGGGUCUACUUGGUUGCUUAUAUAUUGGUUACUGGGCUCCUCUAGCUCAUGCGCAGAGCGCCCCACCCUCGUGACCAAAGGGUUUCGGGUACUCUGCAACUGCAACCAUCUUAAUUGCAGCAGCAUGUGUGCUUUUAUUCUCUUCUCUUCUUCAGUUGCAGCACAACCAUGUGCGCCAUACAACAGCUUCGAAAGAGAAAUCACAACUGCCACCCGAUCUUCUCCCAAGUUUGUGCAUUUUCCCUUAUAAACUGUGCAGUCCCACCUCGACAGCUCUGUACUUCGUUUAGGGAAAACUAUGCAGAUGUGUUUAGUACUCUUUCCUAAAUAAUUUGGCAUUUAUGGUUGCGCGGCAUUCGAUCAUUGACAGAAUUGAAAAUUUCAGUGCUCUGCCUCUGUAGUUUGAUAUGCUUCCACGUUGAACAUAUCAGAGCGGUUGCUUAUUUAUGGCAAGGUGGGGGAAAAAACAGAGCAGUACACCAUUUUCAAAGCGGCCAGGCAGGUGGCUGUCUUUGUCAGUAUGAGCCAAAGUGCCAGACUUUUUUCCUGAAUGAAGCCAAACCUAGACGAAGAGGAGGCUUCAGCCUUCAGGUACUUGUGGUAGUUGGGAUACGUGGAGAAGAGGUUUUAUGGAGGAAACAGGGGAAGCAUAAAAACAGGGGAGUGUGUCGGCGUUGCUGUGUGAGUCUCCUUCGUCCUGCAGUUGGGCCUAGCUAGCUAGGUUGCCACACAAAGUGAGCUAGUUUAUUAGUUUGGGGGCAAGAUAUAUAUCCGGCUAUGGUGCUCACAGUUCGCCGCAGUUCGUCUGUGAGAUCGAUUUCACAAGCGUGCUGGCUCGUCGGAUCAGACGAGAGCGCUUUGCGUCCAUCCAGUCGUCAGUAGAUAUGGAUUGCCAAUUCGCGAUUCAGUAAGGUCAGCUAACCUAUGAGUGUAUUUUGGCAAAUGGGCUGUAAACAUUUUAGCAAAAUUGGGGAAGAUAUGUGUAUGAUAUGCUCCUAUGAGUCUAAUGGGUCUUCUCUCCAAUAAUUACCUUUUGUGGUGUAAAAAAUUUGGAAGAUGGAAGAGCUGUUAGAGAGUGGUAUAAGAUCCAGCAUAACCUUCUCCCAACAACUCGAGUUAUUGGGACCAACUGGUUUAUGUCAAGAGCUUUUCAGAUUUCCUACAUUUCACACAUCAUUAAGUUACCUCAUCAUAACAUCAUUAGGUGGGACAAAAUAGGGAAAGUUUGAGGUACUGAUCAUGAGGUGAGAAUGAAGCAUCCAAAGAAAUAUUAGAUCAUGAU